AAUCUACGUCACAUGCAAGCGACGUGUCGCCCACCACGGCCUCGGUCUUCUCUCUGUACACCCUACGUUCCUCCCCGCCUACAGCAUUCCUAUCCAUGACUCGCCCUCUAGUCCAGUCCUCGCAUGGCAGACGUCGAUAAGGCCACCGAUGGGCCGACGGUGGAAGAUCGAGAUGCCUGGGACUACCACAACCUUCCCGACUACGACACCGAGUUCUACUCCCAAGCCGACAUCGACGCCUUUGCCGCCGCCCUCUCCGCCCCGGAGAUAUCCCCUUCGGAGGAGGACUUGACCAACCCCAACCGCUCGCAAGUCGAAUUCAUCACCGCCUUGAACGAUUGGAAACCCGUGCAUCAGAGCGUCAAGGGUCAGCAGAAUGGACCAUACGCCAACAGGAAAGGCAAGCGGCGGAAAAAGCCCCGCAGAGGAAAAGACGAGACGAGAGAAGGCUGGACAUAUGGCCUCGUCAAGUACCCACUCCUCUUCUUCGUCCUGGGCUGGUUGCUGUUCUUGGGAGUUGCGUACAUGCUCACCCGCUUCUACAUCUACGCCUAUGAGCGAUAUGUGACGUGGAGGGGCAAGAGAGACCGGUUGAGAAAGAGUCUGCGCAAGAGUGUGUCGUAUGAGGAUUGGGUGGAGGGGGCGAAAGAGCUGGACAAGUACUUGGGCAGCGACGCAUUCAAAGACCAAGACGAGUAUGCGUAUUAUGACGACCGAACGAUUCGACGAGCAAGGGAUCGAAUGAGAAAAGCGAGACGACAAGCGGAGAAGGAGGAGCAUGGUCCUCGGAAUAGGAUCGGGGGUCAGCGCGCUGUGGACGUAAUGGUCGAGUUGGCGGAAGACUGCAUCAAGCACAACUUUGCGGGAUUCGAGAACCCCCGUCUGUACUGCGAGACGUACUACGGAACGAAGACAUUGGUGCAAGACUACAUCGAUGAAAUGUCCACGAGCUUGAAAUUCCUCUUCGCCAGCGGGCAGCUGACGCGGGAGGAGAAACGAAGCCUCACAAAACAUCUGGGCACGAACUUUGGUCGCACAGCAUUGUGUUUGAGUGGCGGAGCGGCAUUCGCAUACUACCACGCGGGCAUUGCAAAGGCGCUACUUGACGCAAAUCUUUUGCCGAAAAUCAUUACAGGAACGUCAGGCGGUGCACUGGUUGCUGCAGUGUUGGCGACGAGGACGGACGAAGAAUUGAAGAAGCUUCUCGUGCCGGCGUUGGCAUACCGCAUCACGGCCUGCAGUGAUCCACUCACCGUCUGGUUGCCCCGCUGGUGGAAGACUGGCGCGCGUUUCGACAAUGUCGAUUGGGCCAAGCGAUGCUCCUGGUUCUGCCGUGGCAGUAUGACUUUUCUGGAGGCAUACCAGCGUACAGGUCGCAUCUUGAACGUCACCUGUGUGCCUUCCGAUCCUCAUUCACCGACCAUCUUAGCAAACUACUUGACCGCACCGGACUGUGUGAUUUGGUCGGCUGUGCUUGCUUCAGCGGCCGUGCCUGGCAUUCUCAACCCCGUGGUGUUGAUGAAAAAGAACCGCGAUGGCAAAUUGGAGCCAUUCAGCUUCGGGCAUAAGUGGAAAGACGGCUCACUUCGCACCGAUAUUCCGUUGAAAGCCCUCAACCUCCACUUCAACGUCAACUUCCCCAUCGUCAGCCAAGUCAACCCGCACAUCAACCUAUUCUUCUUCUCAUCAAGAGGCACCGUCGGUCGUCCAGUAACGCAUCGCCGCGGUCGGGGCUGGCGCGGCGGCUUCCUCGGCUCUGCAAUCGAGCAAUACAUCAAACUCGAUCUGACCAAAUGGCUCAAAGUCCUGCGCCACCUCGAACUCCUCCCGCGCCCACUAGGCCAAGACUGGAGCGAAAUCUGGUUGCAGCGCUUCAGCGGCAUUAUCACCAUUUGGCCCAAAUCCCUCCUCAGCGACUUCUACUACAUCCUCUCCGAUCCCACGAUGCAGCGUCUCGCUCGCAUGAUUCACGCCGGACAGCUGGCCGCGUGGCCGAAGCUGAAGUUCAUCUCCAACCGCAUGGCGAUUGAGAAGGUCAUCGAGGAUGCACGUAUCGCGACUCGCCCCUCGUCGCUACCCGCUGCAUCAGAGACAAACCAGCCAAGAGAAAAAAGGCUCCGCAACGUCAUCAGCGAAGAAGACCUCGAACAACUCCUCGCCCAUGCUAGGAAUAACAAUGGCGUCGUCGACGUAGAGUCACUCGCCGAUCUCGACACCGCUACAAUCACGCAACAGCAAGCUCUACCCCGUCAGAGAAACGUUCGCCACCGUCAACCUGAUGGCUCCGCCUCCCCAUCGAUAGAAGCAGCACGCGCCAAAUCCCCCUCUAUCGGUACACGCCUCACUUCCUGGUUCUCCCCGCGUCACUCCUCCACCGCUUCUCCGACAAAAGCCAUGUCAUCCGCUGGCUCGUCGGCUACUGAUCUUCGCAAGCAAGCGAGCCCUGAGCGGCGGAGAAGUAAUGUGUUUGAGGAGUUCAAGCGGCAGUCGCAAGUCUUCUUUGACGAUGAAGAACUCGGGAGCGAGGAGGAGAGGUCGGGGGAGAAUGGGAAGGAGGUUGCGCCGUUUGAAGAUGGAGAGGGGCAUGAUGAAGAGACGGGGAGUGAGGUUGCUAGUGAGGGUGAGAGUGUGGUUGAUGAGUGAGGUGGACAUGGGUCUUGGGCAUAAAGCGAAGGGAUGGUUUUGUUGUUUAUGCGUUCGAGCGUAGAUUCUUGGGAAGAAGCGGUGGCGAGCAGGGGUUGAGUAAAGGUCUGAGUCCUAGACUGAUAAGAUCUAGAUUGAGAAAGACAGCAGCGCGUAGAUGC